CCCCCUUCCCCUCCUUCCGUCCGUCCGCCUUCCCAGUCAGUCUCCUCCUCCUCCUCCUCCUCCUCCUCCUCCUCCUCAGAGUAGUAUAAACCUCUUGUUAGUAACUCAGCAUAGCAUAGCCAGCGAGCUGAGAGCGAGAGCGAGCAAGCGAAGCGGAGAUGACGGAGGCCAUGAUCAGGAAGAAGCCAGGGAUGGCUAGCGUCAAAGACAUGCCCCUCCUCCAGGACGGCCCGCCGCCGGGCGGCUUCGCUCCCGUCCGUUUCGCUCGCCGCAUUCCCAACACGGGUCCCAGCGCCAUGGCCAUCUUCUUGGCCGCAUUCGGCGCCUUCUCCUGGGGCAUGUACCAGGUCGGCCAGGGCAACAAGAUCCGCAGGGCACUCAAGGAAGAAAAAUAUGCUGCACGGAGGGCAAUUCUGCCCACUCUUCAAGCUGAAGAGGAUGAGAGGUUCGUGAAGGAGUGGAAGAAGUACCUCGAGUAUGAGGCCGAUGUGAUGAAGGAUGUGCCCGGGUGGAAGGUCGGAGAGAGUGUGUAUCACUCUGGUCGUUGGGUCCCACCUGCCAGCGGUGAGCUCCGUCCUGAUGUCUGGUAACUUCGAAGAGAGGUGCGGGCUGCCUAGAGCCUGCAUUUUAGUUGUCAAGGGGUUCCUUCAUUUUCGCGCAUCAUGCAAAAGUCGCAGCUUCUGCAACCUAAAUAAGAUGGACGAUCUGUUGUCUGACUCAACUUAAUUGUGUUUGAUAUGGCAACCGGAAGAGGUUCAGUGUUAUCAUCUGUACAUUUUGAAUUUCUUUUGUCGUCGUGUUUUGAGACUGACGCAGACCGAGUGUAGUUAAAGGACACCGGCAUCUUCUUUCUGAAAAUAGUUUACUCAUAAUAAACCUUUUCUAAUUUUUGUUUGGUUUGGCUUGGCAUCGGUAAUUGGAUUCCCUUUGAUA